AUGCGCUUACUACAGAGUUUAGCGGCCGUGCUGCUACUCUUGGCUGGCAUUGGUUCGGCACAACCCUUGGAUAAUGUUCCUGAAGAUUUAUUUGUGGCGUCCGUAACCGAGGGGACGUCUCCGGAGGCUUUGGCUGAAUUUUUAGGCGGAAAGUUUGUUCGUAGGAUGCGGAAUCUUCCUAAUUAUUUUGUGUACUCGGUACCUCGUACUCAAUUGAAAAAGAGAACUCUCCAACGUCGCGAUUUACCUUCGGGAGUUAUUGACGUGCAAAAGCAACAUUGGAAACGACGCUAUAAACGCGAUUCAUUCGCGCUGGAAGAUCCAUUGGUUCUUGAGGUUAGAGAAAAAUUCGAUAUAAAUGAUCCGCUGUUGAGCCAACAAUGGCACAUCAUAAACACCAAUGCCAUUGGUCAUGAUUUAAAUGUAACUGGCGUUUGGGAAGAAGGUUAUCUUGGCGAAAAUGUCACCGUUGCUUUCGUUGAUGAUGGUCUUGACUUUAGACAUGCAGAUCUCCAGGAUGCGUUCUCAGCUGUUGGUUCUUGGGAUUUUAACGAUGACGUUCCAGAGCCUCUGCCUAAGCUGGCAGACGAUACUCAUGGUACUCGUUGUGCUGGUGAAGUAGCUGCUGCUUGGAAUGAUGUUUGCGGUGUUGGCAUUGCUCCGAAAGCAAAGGUUGCUGGACUACGUAUGCUUUCCGGUCCCGUAACGGACUUGAUGGAGUCUGAAGCACUAAACUAUGGCUUUGACACGAACGACAUUUAUUCCUGUUCCUGGGGUCCAGCCGAUGAUGGACGUGCCAUGGAAGCCCCCGAACCUGCUACACGGAAAGCCCUGCUUAAUGGCGUCGUUAAUGGCCGUAACGGAUUGGGCUCGGUUUUCGUGUUUGCAUCGGGCAAUGGAGGCUAUUACGACGAUAAUUGUAAUUUCGAUGGAUAUACCAACAGUAUUUUUAGUGUUACUGUUGGUGCUGUUGAUACUGAGGAUAGUUGGCCGGCUUAUGGCGAGUACUGCGCUGCCCAACUCGUGUCAGCUUACAGUAGCGGACACAAUAGACACAUUGUGACGACAAAUGUCGAUGAAACGUGUACACAUCGACAUGGAGGUACUUCUGCAGCUGCACCUUUGGGCUCCGCCGUUUACGCAUUGGCAUUGUCCGCUCGGCCUGAACUUACUUGGCGCGAUAUACAGCACAUCACAGUAUACUCGGCUCUUCCCUUCCACACCGACGACGAAUCUCAUAAAUUUGGAUUUGGUAAACUUGACGCCGGUCGCUUUAUAGAAACGGCCAAACACUGGGAGCUGGUAAAGCCACAGACUUGGUACAUUACUCCUCUUAUGAAUGUCAAUGCUUCUUUGUCUGCCAAUGAAACCGACACUCCCCAUGAGGUUCAUUUGAAGUUCAACAUGACCAGGGCAAUGGUUCAUCAGAGCAACAUUCAGGAUUUAGAACACGUUACCGUUCGGACGACUAUUCCUUUUAGCCGCCGCGGAAAGUUACAAGUCGUUCUGCGCAGCCCUUCUGAUGUGGAAUCAGUUCUGGCUACGGAAAGACCGUUUGAUGAAAACGCUCAAGGAAUUCAAGACUGGACCUUCAUGACUGUUCAACACUGGGGUGAAAAACCAGAAGGUGUUUGGACCCUUAUUGUCCGUGAUUUGAGUUUUGGCGAGCAUCACGGCCAAGUAAACAAUUGGCAACUUGGCUUGUGGGGACAAGCGUCUAAUGCUUCCCAAACCAGAACGCUAAAUUUUGAUCCCAUAUCCCCUCCUCAGAACGGCUCUUUGGGCUCUAUCGUUUCUUCAUACACUUACGACGCAGGAGCAGUUUCUGCCAAUUCUACAACAAGCAGUAUCUCCUCUAGCCCAACCGCAUCCUCCACGACCCUACCGAAUGCGACCACUAAUGGCACAAACACGACCUCUACCAUUCCAUCAGAAGAAUCCGGCAAAGAUAACACAACUGCUUUUGCAUCAUUCUUGGGGGCGCUGGCGUCUUCUCUUCACCGACCCGUGGUACUCAUUGUCCUUGCAUCUGUUUUCCUUUGCCUUGGUCUGUCCGUUAUUCUAUAUGUACUCUUCCGCAAACGUAAAUCACCUCCCCCCGUUACCGAAGAGUCUACGAACUUGUUACGAGAAUCGGAGGUGUAA